UACCCAUAGUGUGCACUAUGUUUUUAGUCCUCCUUUGCCGUUGUGCCGUAGCCGCAUUUACAUAUAGCGCGGUUCAUGCAUCCUAUGGUAAACCUAUCAACCUCAUUUCGUCUAUUAAAUCUAUCAGAAAUUCAUUCGUCCCCCUUCUCUCCACCUUUAUCGUUUCGCAUGUAAUGUUCAUUUCAAUCACUCUUCUUUUCGCGCUAGUUUUGGUUUUCUCAGUCCAAAUUCUUCAAGCUCUCGGAUUCAUUGAACUCAAAUAUGAUUUCAAUCACUUGUUGUUUUUUGCUAUUUUCGCGUUGGCUGUGCUCGAACCUUUUCUGCUCUGGCUGCAGGUAAAUUGGUUUUUAGCUUAUGUUGUGGCACUGGUUGAGUCCAAAUGGGGUUUCGAAACACUGAGGAGAAUCUCCUAUUUGGUAAAGGGAAAAAGACCGAUAGUUAUGUCGAUGAUGGUAUUAUACGGGUUUAUGAUGGGAUUCAUGAUGGUUGGCGGUUCAAUAAUUUUUGUCAUAGCGGGUGCAGCGAAGGGUAAUCAGUUGAUCACGAGCUUCGGGGUGAUGUUCCAAAUUAUGCAGAGUUCAUUGAUGGGAUAUGUGAUGAUGAAUCAGUAUCUUGUGGGGAACGUGGUUUUGUAUAUGUAUUACAAGGAUUUGAAUGGAGAAAAUUUGCCCUCCGAGAUCAGAGAUGUGCUUGCUAGCAAGUAUAUAUCUCUGCCAUUGGAUUUGGAUGAUGAGAAUAAUCAUGGUAUUGUGCAACUUGUUUAAUUUAUUUUAGAAAUCAUACUUUAUAAAAUUUGGUUU